CCGCCGCGCCCCGGCCAGAACAGGGGCCACAAGGUCCGUCGACCUCGCGCCGCGCGAGCCUGUGAUUUGUGUCGUGCGAAGAAGAACAAGUGCGACGAGUUGUAUCCUUCCUGCACCUACUGCAGAAGUAAGUCGAUAAUGGCUCAGCAGCUUGGAAAGACGACUGACAUUCUGAACUGCUAUAGAUACGUCCGGCACCUGGAAGCCCUUGUCGACCAGCUGACCGCCGCAAAUAGGUCGCGUGUGCGGGAUGGGUCCGAAUCCCAGUCCUGCGACUCAAUUACUUGCAUUCCCCCGCUGGCAUCACCAGGACAUUACGAUGACUAUCUGGGUACUACUCAGGGCGUAGCAACGCUACGCACAGGAACCAGGCAAGGCGGCGGCCAGGAGGUCUCCGGGGUGAACCGCCAUACUCGCAACGUCGAGUUCUACGGCCGAUCAUCGUCUGUCGCCUUGCUUUCUCGAGUCCAACGCUCUAGCGGCGAACAUGCCGUCCAGACCGAAGAGGGCGCCGACGCUGACGCUGACUCCGACGGGACCACCAUUGUCUCCAGCCUCCACAACCCUGUGUUUACUCCGCAGGGCGAGAGUAGGAUCAAUCAGCGCCAGGAAGAUCCGGCCUCCGUGACCCAUUCUCAUUACCCCCAAUGCCGUGGCUUUCUCGAGGGGUUCUUCUCCAGCAUUCACUACAUCCACCCCGUCAUUGACAAGGCGCAUUUCUUCCGCCGAUGCGAGCUCUUGUGGUCUGGCACGGAUGCUGCAAUUCAGCAAUCGAGCUUCGCGGCAUUGUACUACAGCAUUCUCUCCCUUGGGGCGCUGGUGGGCGUCAGGGACGACGAGCCAGUUGACGGUAUCCCCAAUCUCCAGUGGAGCCGGAAAUUCUUUGACGAAGCACGGUCUCGGUGCAACAGGCUAGGCAUGGUCACCGACCUCGACAUGGUCCAAUGCUACUUGUUCAUGGCCAAAGUUUGCCAGAACGAACUCAACCCUCACUGGUCUUACAUGUACAUUGGCCUCGCGGUGAGAACCGCCUUGGCCAUGGGGAUCAACAGGGAGCCUGGACCGGGCACAAAGAAGGAUCCUGCCGAACUAAGAGCAGAGGCCCGAACCUGGUGGCAAUUUAGGGAGAUAUCGUUUGCCAUGGGCCGGCCUGAUACUCUCGGCGCGGAUCCGUAUCACAACCGAAGGUUCCCCCUUCUGGACCCGACGUACUGCGCCAUCAUCAAACCGAUGGUGGACUUCGCCAGGAUAACCAGGAAGGUAUGUCUUGGUAUCUACCUGCAGGACAGCACUACCGCGAGGACGGUUGCGCUCGCAAACCAGAUCGAGCGGGAGCUGGAUGAGUGGGUCGACGGCCUUCCCGGACGAAUCCGCCCACGAACGAAGCCGGCCAGCGAGCCGGAGACCCUGAGAAGCAGCAAGGAGCCGCGGUGGGUGAAACGGCAGAAGCUGGUGCUGCUGAUCCGAUACCACAACCUACGGAUUCUCUUGUUUGGGUCCCUGCUCCUUACCUCAACGUCCGCCGAACGCGCCGCCAUCCCGCAGUCCGUGGAAGCUGUUCAGAAAUGCCUCGAGUCGGCGAAGCAGACCAUCCAGGUCAUCUACGACGUGUACCAGCACCACGCCUUCUUCCACACAUGGUUCUACAACACCACAUACACCGUGUUCGCCGCCUCCAUCAUACUCGUCUACGUCACGCAGGAAGCGAGCGAGGGCGAGACAGCACCACUCCUCAAGCUCGUCGGCAUGGCAGUCGAGAUCCUAGAGACGAUGGACGAGUGCGUGGUGGCGGCCAAGGCCGCGCAGAUGCUGCGC